UUGGAUAGCUUCGAUGAAGUUAACGAGGAAUGUCGGAAGUGUGUGCUGGAACUUAUACUGUUUCUAGCUAACAAAAAAGUUUACAAGGAGUACCUUUUUACUCGCACUGUGUUUAAACCCCAUGCCCAAGAUGCUUUGCACACGGUGUCAUAUGAUCUCGUUCCUUUCUCUGAUGAAAACCAGAAUGAUUUCCUAAAAAAAAUAGAGGGCACAAAGAGAAACUCCAGCCACCAGGAAUGACGCGUUUGCUCAAAAAUUCCAGCAACUGUACUCGUCAUUGAAGCAGAAAAACAAGACAAUCCUGGAAACCCCUCUCCUGCUUCAUAUGAUGGCUCAGAUAGAGAGCGGGGAAAUCACGAAGUCCCACGAUUACUUUUCGCUGCUUAAAAUUGCUGACGUCUCCGCCGGCCGAAGUAUAUACACUGUACACAUUUACAAGAUGUUUGUCGAGUACAAGCACCUUGUGCACCGAAACGAAAAGGUGAAGGAAAACAUCGCAUUAAGUUCCGUGCGUGGGGAGUACGAUGCAGCGCAGUCUUCAGUCAACACAAGCCAUUGUGUCCUCGCUAUGAAGUGUAUAUUUCCUGAGGUUGUCUUGAAAACCUUAUUGAAUGAAGACGAACUAGAGCAGUUAGAUCCCAAAGAAAGUUUCAUCAAACGCGUUGCGGACAAUUCUCUCAAAGAAGGUUUCGUCAAUCGAAUUAACGAUGGAGGAAUUCCCGAGUUCGUUCACAAGACUUUCGCCGAAUUUUUCGCAGCUCAGUACCUACUGGAGAAGGCAAAGAUAAGAAGAAAACCGAGCUUUUGGAAGAAAGUCGUCGGAUUGUAUGGUGAAGAAAACUACGAGGGAGUAAUGCUGUUGUUAGACGGACUGGCGUCGGCGUCCUACCCACUUCACUCUGCUGUGAUAAACAACGACGCUUCAUAUUUUGAGCAACGUGAUAUUCAAACAGAAGACAUGCGCGUUGUCGAUGAACUCCGAAGGACUCCAUUGCACGUAGCUGCCCUGCAUGCUGAUAAAACGACAUUGGAGAAGCUUCCAAUGGAUGAUGAACUAAUCGUGGAUGAUUUGUUUAAGAUGUCACCAUUCCAGUACGUAGAACUCUUUUCCCCAUGGGACGCAGAGUGGAUGGCAAAGCGGAUGGAAUGUUUGCGGGAUGCUUUUAAUACGGAAUAUACGUUGACAAAUAUUUUGAUGACACUUUCGUGGGAUCAUGCUCUACGUAUCGAAGAGAGACUCAACGUAUUGUACACUCGAUGCAGUGAGGAAGCAGUGAAGCAGUCUAGCGAAAAUCUGCGCUCAUGUGAAACCUUCGAGCAAAAGAGACAUUUUCUAGAGCGAGCUAUAUUCACAGCUGUGAUCUAUGACCUACGAGGAAUUUUAGACGUGUAUCUGAGCUAUGUGGCCCCGAGAGAGAGUAUAGGAGUACUAGACAAAGACACCAGGGACCAAUUAGAAUCACGCAAGAAACGAAGCUUGAAAUCUUCUGCAGAGUCCUCGCUAAUUGGAAAUCUUGAUGGUUUAACAGAUGUUCGCAAUAGAACUAUCCCUUUCUACGGAAAGUCCGAGGCUGUUUGUAAAAUGCUCCUUCCUUACUGCGACAUUGGAAUUUUUUAUGAGGAUGGAAACACAAUGUUGCACAUUAGCGCGGAAGAAGGGAAUCUGGAGACAACAAAGUUUUACCUCGCACAUUUACCCGCUACCAAUAGAAAUAUGUACUUUCAAACCCCUUUGUACUUGAGUAGAGAUGCAGAGAUUGUGAAACUACUUCUUCCUCAUUAUACCUCAGUGAAUGAUCUUCAUCAUAAGCAAUGCGCUCUGAUGGAUAUAUGUGCAAAGAGAGAUGAUUUGCAGGCCAUGAAGUUGUUAAUCCUUCGCACUCGGAUAUAUGACGCACAUUUUAUCAGAUUGAACACAACACUUCAUGUGGCUUCUAUGAAUGAUUCCCUUCACGCUGUGAUGUUUCUUCUACAUCACACAAGUGCUCACAUGCUUAAUUACGAAGGAAAAACGUGCUUAGACUUUGCAUGGACAGUGAGUUGGAAAUAUCGGUUGAGUUCGGCGCAGAAAGCUGUGAUGAGGUGUCUCAUCCCACACUCGCUCGUGAACUCACCCGAAACGUUCGGCUCAUCACCGUUGUACGUUUCGGAAGGUGGAAGAAAAGCGUUGCAAACUCUAUGGCCUUAUUUGCGACACACUGACCCUGGGCAUGCAGAUAGGAUCAGCAGUAACUCCGUGUCUGUGCGGACAAGGAUCAAGGAUUUCCAAGAAGAAAUUUGGUGUCUGAAACUUCUCGUCCUCCGUUUAGACGUCAUCGCUGGUGAUCCUUAUAGCCGUAGACUGCUACAAGAUAUGGCCAAGAGUAAGCUACGCGAGAUCAAAGAAAUAAAUUACAUUAAUUACAUGAAGCUGUUAUUACCGCAUUUAAAUCUGCGUAUGCACGAUUAUGUAGAAUGUAGAGUAAAGAAUGACGACAGUGUUACCUUAUAUCGGGGAUGGUCGGACAUGAAUAACACCGAUGAUCCCCACAUUGACGAUGUCGUCACGGAAAUGGUCGAAGACGAUGGCAAUACAAAGCUGCUAACUGGCACACGGGAAGGUAAUGUGGAACCUGUAGAAGUUCACCUCUCACCUUCAUCCGUAUGUUUUACCGAUGAAAAAGAGAACACUGUAUUGCACUUGAGCGCGUGGAACGGACACACAUAUGUGGUGAAGCGUCUGAUUCCCUUUUAUACAUCAGUGGACGUGAUGAAUAUGGAUCGAAAGACGCCCAUGCAUGUGUGCGCCUCAAAUGGACACCUGGAUGUUGUGAAGUUAUUAUUACCCCGCUCUAGAGUGAGUUCGUGUGACAAGUAUGGACGGACACCUUUUCACAUGGCAUGUGAAAGUGGUGACGUUGACAUCGUGAACUUCCUUCUUCCGCACUCCUUCGCUAAUAUGCGCGACAACACUGGAGGAACGUGCCUCUUCCUUUUUGCGAGAAAUGGGACAAUGAAUGUUCUCAGAUGCCUCAUCCCGCACUCUCUCAUGAACUGUCCUAAUUUCAUAGGCGAUUCACCAACGCGAAUCUGUGCAGAAAAUUAUAUGAGAGAAGAGCUGGUGACAUUAUUGCCAUAUUGUUGUGAUUAUGACGCUGCGAGUUUAUUGACGUCUCCCCCGCUGCUGUCAUUUUGUAAGAACGAUAUGAGUACUGCAACUACGCCUUUUCUGAAACUUAUGGUUCUCCAAUCAAAUGUCAGUGCAGUAGACGUGUGUUUCCGUGAAACACUCGACGAAGUUGGAGAUCAUUUCCCCCGUCUAGAAGAGACUAAGAAAUCACUAAUCCGGAAUUAUAUUUCUCUCUUGCUUCCUCAUACAAAUGUUUCUGCUGACAAAUGGACGAUGAAGUCCAGGAAAUAUUAGAAUAUGUCCUAGAAAGUAGUCACGAUCCCGACUCUGUUAGCUUCCCUAAGAAAUUGCUCGCUUGAGUGACUUUCAUUCAUGAUGCUGACGAUUGUUGGCAACUGUUUU